UUACUCUCGCAAUUGUAUUGUGUUUGGCUCUUGCCAUGUCAAGCGCCUUCAGAAUUAGACAAGGUGAUGUCGCUGCUGAUAUUGGAGCUGGUGUUGGAGCUGCCAACCAAGCUAUUACUGACGGAGAAGAAUUCUUCAACGACGCUGUCCACGGUGCUCAAGCUGCCGCAGAGAACUUUGCCUCACAAGCUGUGAAUGGUGCAGGAGCCCUCGCUGGUAUGAUGGCUGGUGGAGCCCCAGCUGGUGGAGCUGCCGCUGAUGGAGCCAGACUUCAGCAAACUGCUGCUGAUGCUGCCAACACUGCCACUGCGGAUGCUAGCACUCUUGCCACUGAUGCUACCACUGUUGCCACCGAUGCUGCCAACGUAGCUGCCGAUGUCGGAUCCCAAUGGGUCAACACUGCCACCAACUUCCUCGGAGGACUCGCUGGUACCAACGGUGGUGCAAGACUCCAACAAGGAAACCUCGCUAAUGACAUCAACGCUUUAGGUCAAGCCUCUCUUGGUGCUCUUCAUGAUACUAAUCAAGCUUUUGAUGAUGCUCUCGACCAGAGUGAAAUGAUUGCUAACAACGUUCUUUCAACCUCCGAACAAGCUUUCGGAGCUAAUGGAGCAGCCGUUGCUAACCCAGACAGACUCCAACAAGACACAGCUACUGUCGCUCAAGAUGCCACUGAUCUUUCUAAUGAUGUAGCUGAAGCCACUAACGACGGAAUCCAAGCUGUCAACGACAUUGCCCAACAAGGACUCCAAGCCUGGACUGGAUUAUUCAACGGAGGAGCUGCUGCCCCAGCCGCCGCACCAGCCGCUAGAAGACUUCAGAGAUUCCACUAAAUUGCAGGUUCAAAGUAG